UUCCCCAGCUGGGAGCUCUGGGGGAGGGCCCUGCGGCCCCCCCGCCCCUCGGUGGGCCGGACGGGGCCAGCACCGGGCGCUGGGCUGGGCUGAGCCCCGCCGGUUCCGGAGCAGCUCCAGCUGAAGCCACGCCAGGAGCUGCUGCUCUGCGAGCGGGAGCUGCCCCGGCCAUGGAAGGCUCCCCCUCGCUGCUGGACGCCGAGGCUGUCGCGGAUCUGGUGCUGCUGGACCCGCUGACCGAGGAGUCGCUGGUCCAGACGCUGCAGGAGCGAUUCCGCCGCCACGACAUCUACACAUACAUUGGGAAUGUGGUGAUCUCGGUGAACCCGUACCAGGCCCUGCCCAUCUACACCCCAGAGAAGGUGGAGGAGUAUCACAACUGCAGCUUCUUCGCUGUGAAGCCCCACAUCUAUGCCAUCGCUGACGACGCCUAUCGCUCGCUGCGGGACCGGGACAGGGACCAGUGCAUCCUCAUCACCGGCGAGAGUGGUGCUGGCAAGACAGAGGCCAGCAAGCUGGUGAUGUCCUACGUGGCAGCCGUGAGCAGCAAAGGGGAGGAGGUGAACAAGGUGAAGGAGCAGCUCCUGCAGUCCAACCCUGUGCUGGAGGCCUUUGGAAACGCCAAGACUGUCCGGAAUGACAACUCCUCCCGAUUCGGCAAGUACAUGGACAUUGAGUUCGACUUUAAAGGGGAUCCCCUGGGAGGGGUCAUCAGCAACUACCUGCUGGAGAAAUCCCGCAUCGUCCGACACGUGAAGGGCGAGAGGAACUUCCACAUCUUCUACCAGCUCCUGGCUGGGGCUUCACCACAGCUGCUCCAGCAGCUGAAGCUGCGCCAGGACUGUGGGCACUACGAAUACCUGAACAGGGAGAGCUCCAGCCUGCCCGGCAUGGACGAUGCAGCCAACUUCCAGGCUGCACAGGAUGCCAUGAGGAUCAUUGGGUUCUCGCCUGCUGAGGUGACAGAGCUGCUGCAGGUGACAGCCGUGGUGCUCAAACUGGGCAACGUCCAGCUGAGCAGCAGCUUCCAGGCCAGCGGGAUGGAGGCCUGCAGCAUCACUGAGCCUCAGGAGCUGCGUGAGAUCUGCGAGCUGAUCGGGCUGGACCCCAGCACGCUGGAGAAGGCGCUGUGCACCCGCACGGUGAAGGCGCGGGAUGAGACGGUGCUCACCACCCUCACUGUCCCCCAGGGCUACUACGGCCGGGACGCGCUGGCCAAGAACAUCUACAGCCGCCUCUUCGACUGGCUGGUGAAUCGCAUCAAUGCCAGCAUCCAGGUGAAGUCGGACGAGCGGAGGAAGGUGAUGGGUGUCCUGGACAUCUACGGCUUUGAGAUCUUCCAGGACAACGGCUUUGAGCAGUUCAUCAUCAACUACUGCAACGAGAAGCUGCAGCAGAUCUUCAUCCUGAUGACGCUGAAGGAGGAACAGGAGGAAUAUGUCCGAGAGGGUAUCCAGUGGACCCCGGUGGAGUUUUUUGACAACAGCAUCAUCUGCAACUUGAUUGAGAAUAGCACCAGCGGGAUCCUGGCCAUGCUGGACGAGGAGUGCCUGCGGCCCGGCGUGGUCAACGAGGACACCUUCCUCACCAAACUCAAUCAGCUCCUGGCCAACCACAAGCGCUACGAGAGCAAAGAGACGCAGAACGCCCGGCGCAUCACCGACAGCAGCCUGCCAGAGCGCUGCUUCCGCAUCCACCACUACGCCGGCAAGGUGACCUACAACGUGACGGGUUUCAUCGAGAAGAACAACGACCUGCUCUUCCGGGACCUGUCCCAGGCCAUGUGGGCGGCUGGGCACGCGCUGCUGCGCUCGCUCUUCCCCGAGGGAGACCCCCAGAAAGUCUCCCUCAAGCUGCCACCCACCGCAGGCUUCCAGUUCAAGUCGUCUGUGGCAAUGCUGAUGAAGAACCUCUACUCCAAGAACCCCAACUACAUCAGGUGCAUCAAACCCAACGACACCAAGUCUGCCAUGGUGUUCACGCCCGAGCUGGUGCUGGCGCAGGUGCGGUACCUGGGGCUGCUGGAGAACGUGCGGGUGCGGCGGGCGGGCUACGCCUUCCGCCAGCCCUACGGCCCCUUCCUGCAGCGCUACAAGAUGCUCGGCCGCCGCACCUGGCCCCGCUGGGACGGUGGGGACAGGGAGGGGGCCGAGGUGCUGAUGGCAGGUCUGGCGUUCCCCGCCGAGGAGGUGGCGUUUGGCCACACCAAGAUCUUCAUCCGCUCGCCACGCACUCUCUUCGACCUGGAGCGGCAGCGCCAGGAGCGCGUGUCCGAGCUCGCCACCCUCAUCCAGAAGAUGUUCCGGGGCUGGCGCUGCCGGACCCAGUUCCAGCUGAUGCGCAAGAGCCAGAUCCUCAUCUCUGCCUGGUUCCGUGGCCACAGGCAAAAGAACAGGUACAAGCAGAUGAAGAGGUCGGCACUGGUCCUGCAGGCGUACGCACGGGGAUGGAAGUCUCGCCGGCUCCUCCGGGAGCUGAAGGCCCAGCGCCGACGUCAGGCGGCCGCCACCACCAUCGCUGCUCACUGGAGAGGGUACCAGGCGCGCAGGACCUACAGGAAAUAUUUCCGUUCCAGCGCCAGCACCCGCCUGGCCAACUUCAUCUACUGGCGGCUGGUGCAGAGGUACCUGCUGGGGCUGGCGAAGAACCUCCCGCCGCUGGCGGUGACCGACCGGACCUGGCCCCCGGCGCCGUACAGGUUCUUGGAUAAGACCAACCAGGAGCUGAAGAACAUCUUCUACCACUGGAAGUGCAAGAAGUACCGGGACCAGCUGCCGGCACCGCGCCGAGCCCAGCUGCAGGCCAAGCUCUGUGCCAGCGAGCUCUUCAAGGACAAGAAGACCCUCUACCCCAAAAGCCUGCAGCAGCCCUUCCGCGGAGACUACCUGGGGCUGAAGCAGAACCCCAAGUACCAGAAGCUCCACGCCGUGGCCAAGGACAAGCUGGUGAUGGCUGACACCGUGAGGAAGGUGAACAGGGCCAAUGGAAAGACAGUCCCACGCCUGCUGCUCCUCACCACCGAGCACCUGGUCCUGGCUGACCCCAAGGCUGCCCAGCCCAAGACCGUGCUCAGCAUCGGUGACAUCCGUGGUGUCUCUGUCACCCGCUUCUCCGACGGCUUCCUGGCCCUGCACCUCAAGGAGAUCUCCACAGUGGGGGCCAAGGGCGACUUCCUGCUGGUCAGUGACCACCUCAUCGAGCUGGUCACCCGCCUGCACCAGACCUUUGAGGCCACCAGCGGGCAGGCGCUGCCCCUGCACAUCACUGACAGGUUCUCCACCCACUUCCCGAAGGGGGACGUGUCCAUCACCGUGGUGGAGUCGCCCAAGGCCGUCACCGACGGCCCUGUCUGCAGGAAGAAGGGCAGCAACAAGAUGGAGGUCCUGGUGCACUGAGGGGACCCCCACCCUCACACUGGCACCCCCAAGCUCCCCUUGUGUCAUCCCCCACCCCUGUGGGUGCUGGCAGCACCCAGACAUGGCUCCAAACCCAUUAAAAGGAUGCUCAGG